AUGAAUUACCAAAGCCAGAUUGAGCCGAUGUGGAUUAAUCUCUCCAUGCUCGCUACGGCCGGAGGUCCGAUUAAGAGACCAGUGGCAAGUCGGGACGCCUACGACAAGGUUUGCAAGGCGUUCUAUCAAGCAGAGGACUGCCCUCUAUCUCUUGAAGCCUCGGCAGACAUUAAGGCCUUCAGGACCGAGUCCAAUAUUUGGGAAUAUUAUGUCGGCAAAAGCAGGCCCUUCACUGGAGUCGAUCCAGCGAUUACAUCAUUAGCGAUCGCGUUCUCAAAAUUAUCAUUACCAAACACCUCUUCGAGCUCUGAUUUCCCGAAUCAGAGCCUGGCAAAUGGACCCCUCUCAGCAGCCCAACAAAAAGCUGAGGCGGCUGCCAUGAAGCAGGAGAUAUUACACAAGUGGAGCAAUGAGCUUCAAUUUGGGUGGAAUUCCAAGACGAGCGAGCCGUGGUUUACGACCAAGUGCUUUGCACGGGAGGCAUAUCCUGCUCUGUGUGAACAUUUCGUUCUCCGAUGCGUGAGAUUCAAGGAAGAAGGCUACACUCUCCUCUGGCCGGAAUUCAACAACGCGUCAGACAUUAAUAGUCCAAGACUACGCGCCCGAUUCAACAGCUUCCGAGCUUUCUUGGAAGAAUGGGUAUCGAGCACAGGGAUUUGGAGUGACGGGCAACGACGCACGCGGAUAGACGUUGCCUACAAGGCUUGGAUUACGGGCGGAGAUUUUGCAAACCGAAACGCGCCUCUUCCUGUGGGGUUCGCCUUUGGUUUUGCCUUCGACUAAUAGAUAUUAUUAACGACUUCGGCGAUUGUCAUCUUCGACGCCCCUCAAAGCAUGGCUAUCGACGCAGUCACACAUCAUUAACGACAAACGGUACGGAAAGGUUGGAGGAAUGAGAGAUAAUAGUUGGAUUAAGGGAUGGGGCAUACUAAACGGGUAUUUUGUAUGAAGGGUGGAGCUUGGACGU